GUCGGGUUGAAUCCAGCCGAUGCGCAGCGCAUCUACAACAUGCUCAGCAAGCACGGCAAGGAGGAGAUCUCUCGCGAGAACUUCAUGCAAACUCUGCGUGAUCUGUUGUCUGCCGUGGUGGGCUCCAAGAAGCACCUCUCCUUUCGGCAGCUCCGCGUGGUGAUGGCGACGGCCUUUGAGCGCUUCGACAUGGAUGGUGACGGCCACAUUUGCGUGGAUGAGUUCGCCUGUGCUCUUCGGAGCUACGACAUUCGCCUGGGGCCCUCGGAGAC